GUGUUCUUCUCCAUGAACAAAGUCUGUGAAGUCUGAACGACGAUUCUCUGACUCGCAGACCAUGGUUGAUCUUCUUCUUCAUUAGGAAAACAGAAGGGAAAAUGGUGAGAUUGGUGAUAUGGUGGGUUCUAAUUUUCUCUGUCAAUCUCUUCAACCUUAAUGUCUUAGCCGAUCAGAUCUUCGCAGCUCAAACAGGUGGCACCUUUGGUCGCAGCUCUCGAGAACCAAAAUACAAAAUUAAAUUCCAUCCAGAAGACUCACCCUUCCAUCCUUAUGAUGACCAGGAGUCUGUGCUUAUGCCGAACAAGAAUGGAGAGAAGUUUCUAUGUUACUUGCCUAAAGUGGAGAAAUCCAAGAUUGGAAAGGCAGUCUCUCAACUCAAUACAAGCGGCUUGAUUUUGGAAACUGAGAAACGCAUUAAAUUGAAGACACCGGAUGAGCUUCUUGAAGUACUUAAAGAAACAUGUUUUAUCAGACAAGAAGGAUGGUGGUCCUAUGAAUUUUGUUAUCAUAAGAAGUUGCGCCAAAUUCAUUGGGAGGAUGAUAAGUUGGUUCAAGAGUUUAUCUUGGGUAUAUAUGAUGCCGAGGCUACAGCGGCUUACAAUCAGAAUCUGUCUGGCAUUUCAACCAUGAAAGAUCCCCGCUCAAAAGAUGCAUCACAACGGUAUCAUGCUCACCAAUAUACAAAUGGAACCACCUGUGAUCUCACAAAUCAGCCUCGCGAAACAGAGGUGAGAUUUGUUUGCUCGGAGGCCAGAGCUAUGAUUAGUUCUUUUACCGAGUUAUCCACAUGCAAAUAUGCACUGACAGUACAGGGCCCAAUGCUCUGCAAGCACCCAUUGUUCCAAGAAGAAAGACCAGUGUGGCAUACCAUUAACUGUAACGUGCUCCCAAAAGAUCACAAGGGACCAGAAGUGGAGGAAGACAGUGUCCAAGAUGAGAAGAUCACCAUGGUCCCAGAUGUUGAAUUUCCAUCCGGUUUCCAUUCAGAAGAAUAUGCAACAUAGAUAUAUUCAUGAAAUUAAGCCAUCUAGCUGUAAAGAAAAGCUUUUCAAUGUGUGCUAAACAUGCCUUCAAAACGCAUUUUGUAUGGUACAUUUUUUCUUCACUAGUCGAUAGCAAAUUUUGCGAGUGGAACUCAGAAUCAGUAGUGUUAUUUUCUGAUAUUCUAGGAAUUUGUUUUUCUUUGUAAUUUUUAAAGAUCGUUGCCAAUAGUAAAGAUUAGAUUAAUAAUGCUUCUGUACAGGAAUAGAACAUAUUAUGGAUAUUGUUUCCUUCAUUUCCUAAUUCACUGUAAGUUCAACACCCGCAAUAUGGAAAUGCC